AUGAGCUCUGUAUACGCCCGCCAGAUAUUUCGUUCAUGUUCGGCUUCGCUGUCGUCCAGGUCGCUGGCGCGUCCCUUACCCUCUACCCUCCCUUGUCGCUCAACUUUACUCAACCCGAAGCGAGGUUAUUCAGAAACCAAGUCUACGUCCGCGCACGAGGAGCAGAAGAAGGAUGAGCCAAACGAUGAACCAGAAAAAGAGGCACACCCUCCUUGUCCAGAUACAGAAAAGCUCAAGGCUAAGGAGGCUGAAGUUGUCGACUUGACAGGUCGUCUGCGAUAUCUUCAGGCAGACUUCUUGAACCUUCAGCGCAACGCCGCGCGAGAGAAGGAACAGACGCGUGAUUUUGCUAUUACCCGUUUUGCCUCUGACUUGCUCGAGACAGUCGACGUUCUCGCGCUGGCACUAAAAUCCGUACCUGCCCCCGCAUUGGCCGCAGAAACGACCCCUGCCUCCGAACCCCUUGCCUCGUCUUCUUCCUCGAAAACUGACACUCCUCCACCAAAAUCUGCCCAAGAAUACCUGCAGGAGCUGCAUACUGGUGUUGAAAUGACACAACGUCAGCUUCUACAAACCCUGUUCAAAUACCACGUCAAACCCUUUGACCCCACUGGUGACAAAUUCGAUCCUAAUCGUCACGAAGCGCUAUACCAAGCGCCUAUUCCUGGCAAGGAGCCGGGUACAGUGCUAGACUGUCAGAAGCCAGGAUAUAUGAUUAAGGAUCGGGUGUUACGGGCAGCGCAGGUUGGCGUUGUUCAAGACAUAUCAUGA